AUGGAAGAUCCACGAUUUAAUAAUGAGACAUUAGCAUAUUUACAAUUCAUUGCACAGAAUCCUCCACCACAAGGUAAUGUUAUCGAAAUUGAAACAAUGCGUCUAUUUUUUGAAGAUAUACAUCAAAAAAUCAAUGAAAAACUUCAUGGAACAUUCAGAGGUACAAUAGAAGAAAAAAUAGUGAAAACUAGUUCUACAGAAAUACCUAUUACAAUCUAUACACCAAUAGAUGUUAAUAAAGACAAAUUAGUUGUUUAUUUUCAUGGUGGAGGUUGGGUUAUUGGUAGUCGAAAAACUCAUCAAACAAUUGUUAAUUUCCUAGCUGAUGUGACAAAAACAAUUUGGAUUUCUGUAGAAUAUCGUCUCGGACCUGAAUACAAAUAUCCAAUUUGGCUUGAUGAUGCAUGUGUUAAUCAAACAACUAAAAUUGGAGUUGCUGGAGAUAGUGCUGGAGGCAUGAUUAGUGCUUCACUUUCUCGUUUAUUAAAAGGCAUCGAUUUUCAAAUUCUUAUUUAUGCUGCAUUAGAUAUCCUUGGUCAAACGCCAUCUUAUAAAGAAUUUGCGCAUCGAAUGUAUUUUCUUACACCUGAAUUCAUGAAUUGGUUUUGUAUGCAUGCCUAUCAUAACUCGGAUGAUAUAAAAGAUCCUCGAGUAUCUGCUCUACUCAAUAGAACAUUUGAUGAAUUACCACCGUGUUUAUUUAUAGUUGCUGAUCUUGACAUUCUUCGAGAUGAAAAUUUAGAAUAUCAAAAAUUACUUGAAAAAGCUGGUGUUCAAACGAAAUUAGUACUUAUUAAAGGUGUCAUUCAUGGAUUUUUUAGUUUUCCUGGAAUUUUUCCACAAACAUGUGCAGAAGCAAUUGAUGCUAUUCGAGAUUUCAUGGCAUCGAUUUGA